GUCCGGAAAUGUGACUCUGAGAAACGAGAUGGAGAAGUACGAGCGGAUCCGAGUGGUGGGGAGAGGUGCCUUCGGGAUUGUGCACCUGUGCUUGCGCAAGGCUGACCAGAAGCUGGUGAUCAUUAAGCAGAUCCCAGUGGAGCAGAUGACCAAAGAAGAGCGUCAGGCAGCCCAAAAUGAGUGCCAGGUCCUCAAGCUACUCAACCACCCCAAUGUCAUCGAGUACUAUGAGAACUUCCUGGAGGACAAGGCACUCAUGAUUGCCAUGGAGUAUGCACCAGGUGGCACGCUGGCCGAGUUUAUCCAGAAGCGCUGUAAUUCCCUGCUGGAGGAGGAGACCAUCUUACACUUCUUUGUGCAGAUCCUGCUUGCACUGCACCACGUGCACACCCAUCUCAUCCUGCACCGGGACCUCAAGACUCAAAACAUCCUUCUCGACAAACACCGCAUGGUUGUCAAGAUCGGGGACUUCGGCAUCUCCAAGAUCCUUAGUAGCAAGAGCAAGGCCUACACGGUGGUGGGCACCCCGUGCUACAUCUCCCCUGAACUGUGUGAGGGCAAGCCUUACAACCAGAAGAGUGACAUCUGGGCCCUGGGCUGUGUCCUCUACGAACUGGCCAGCCUCAAGAGGGCCUUUGAAGCUGCGAACCUGCCAGCACUGGUCCUGAAGAUCAUGAGUGGCACCUUUGCACCAAUCUCUGACCGGUACAGCCCUGAGCUGCGCCAGCUUGUCCUCAGUCUGCUCAGCCUGGAGCCCUCGCAGCGGCCACCGCUCAGCCAUAUUAUGGCGCAGCCCCUGUGCAUCCGCGCCCUCCUCAACCUUCACACCGAUCUGGGCAGUGUCCGCAUGAGGAGGGCAGAGAAGUCCCUGGUCCCCGGGCCACCCAUGGCCCCGGGCUGCAGCCCAGGAAGCCGGACCACCGGCCCCCGCUGCAGGGGCAUACCCCGGGGACCCCCACGGCCGGCCAUUCCGCCACCACUGUCGUCCGUGUACGCGUGGGGUGGCGGGCUGAGCGCCCCGCUGCGGCUGCCAAUGCUCAACACAGAAGUGGUCCAGGUGGCGGCCGGACGCACGCAGAAGGCAGGCGUCACGCGCUCUGGGCGCCUCAUCUUGUGGGAGGCCCCGCCCCUAGGCGCGGGAGGGGGCGCCCUCCUGCCUGGGGCCGUGGAGCAGCAGCAGCCCCAGUUCGUCUCCCGUUUCCUGGAGGGCCAGUCGGGUGUGACUAUCAAGCAUGUGGCCUGUGGGGACCUCUUCACGGCCUGCCUGACCGACCGAGGUAUCAUCAUGACCUUUGGCAGUGGCAGCAAUGGGUGCCUAGGCCAUGGCAGCCUCAAUGACCUCAGCCAGCCCACCAUUGUGGAGGCCCUGCUGGGCUAUGAGAUGGUGCAGGUGGCCUGUGGAGCGUCCCACGUGCUGGCCCUGUCCACUGAGCGAGAACUCUUUGCCUGGGGCCGCGGAGACGGUGGCCGGCUGGGACUGGGUACCAGGGAGUCCCACAGCUGCCCCCAGCAGGUGUCCAUGCCCCCAGGACAGGAAGCCCAGCGGGUAAUAUGUGGCAUUGACUCUUCCAUGAUCCUCACUGUCCCGGGCCGAGCCCUGGCCUGUGGGAGUAACAGGUUCAACAAGCUGGGCCUGGACCCCCUCUCCCUGGGGGAGGAGACUGCCCCCCAUCAGCAGGUGGAGGAGGCCCUGAGCUUCACACCACUAGGCUCUGCACCCCUCGACCAGGAGCCUCUGCUCAGUGUGGACCUGGGCACUGCUCACUCAGCUGCCGUGACUGCCUCUGGCGACUGCUACACUUUCGGCAGCAAUCAGCACGGGCAGUUGGGUACCCAUGCCCGCCGGGUCAGCAGGGCACCUUGUCAAGUCCAAGGCCUGCAGAACAUCAAGAUAGCAAUGGUGGCCUGCGGGGAUGCCUUCACUAUAGCCAUCGGGACAGAAGGUGAAGUGUACUCUUGGGGGAAAGGGGCCCGAGGUCGACUAGGAAGACGGGAUGAGGAUGCUGGACUCCCUCGGCCAGUGCAGCUGCAGGAGACACAUCCCUACACAGUGACGUCUGUGUCCUGUUGCCAUGGAAACACUCUCCUGGCUGUCCGCCCGGUUACAGAUGAGCCCAUCCCACCGUGAGGCAUCUAGAUACACUCCUGGACCACCCCGAUAUUGCUGCUCCUCAGAACGUGCUUGAAAACUGCAGACACUUGCAGAGGACUGUCCCCACCAGCCCCCUGGAGUGUCCUCAGUGCCAGAGAAGAACCAGCGAAGCGGCCACUCUCCUUUGGCCCUGGAUCCGGAAACCCCAACCCACCCCAUUCCCCCAACAUCUCUUUUGUCUCUUCCCACCCCUUUUAAGUUGGUGUCCCCAAGGUCCAGCCUGGCUAGGGUCGGAAACCAGACCCAGCCUUCCCAAGCAGGGUGGUCUCCAGAGUCUUGGCAGAAAAAAAGCUGGAGGCAGCUGUGACUCCACCCAGACCCUGCCCUUUACCCCCAGCACAAUUAGAGAAUAAGUCGCUGGUCCCCCCUGGGAGAGCAGCUCAGUGCUUUGGAGCAGGGCAAGCCCUGUCCUGCCUGGACUGGCCAUUCUGGCUGCCUGGCUUCUGCAUUGCUGGGAUAUCUGGAGGCACAGAACUUCUGAGUGGACUGGGAGUGGAUCUGCAAGGGCACCAAAGUGUCCACUGCAGAAUGGAGGUCCCUGCCGGAGGUUGCCCCUCCACCCACGCCAUUCCCCCAAAGCAGGUUGGAGAAAGGGUAACUGGUUGGGCCAGACCAGUUUUCCAGAUGACUGGGAAAUAGCGCCAAUAAAAACAUCAACUGCC